AUGGACGAGCCAGUGCCCAACCUUCCCAAGGCCCACACGCUCGCCGCUGGGGAGCUUGAACGGGUCCCGACCGGCGACAGAGGUCGUGUUACCUAUGCUACUGACACCCGUCCUCGUCGCACAAGCACAGAUCGUUUCGACAGGCGUGGAAGCCAUGCACGUUCCAGAUCGCGGGACUCGUCAAUGUCAAUCAGGGCUGCUCGCCGGAGCAUAGACCCUAGCUUCGCACUGCCGCCGGUCUUCAGGACACUCUCCUUUGGAGUCGAUGAGGCCAACAGAAGGAGCUUUGCCAAAGAUGAGAAGCCUACCAAAAGCAAGAAGGACAAGAAGAGCAAGCAAAACUCCGCUCAACUCGAGCUUGGAAGCAUCGACUAUCACAAAUCUACAAUUGAUGAGCUGAUACAACGCUUUUCGACCUCCCGUGGCACUGGAAUUUCUGAUGCUCAAGCUGCUCAGAAGAUCAAGGAGAUUGGCCGAAACGUGCCAACGCCGCCUCCAUCAAGAUGGUUCCAGCAGACGAUCGGCUACCUCUUCGGUGGCUUCGGCACCAUCCUCUUUGUUGCUUCAAUACUGGUAUUUGCAUCAUGGAAGCCAUUAGGUAACCCUGAGCCUGCGGUCGCGAACCUCGCGUUAGCGAUUGUGCUAGCUAUCGUUUGGGUCAUUCAAGCAGCUUUCUCAUUCUGGCAAGACUUCUCGAGUUCUCGCGUCAUGAGUAGCAUCACCCGAAUGCUCCCAGAAGAAUGCAUGAUCCUCCGUGGUGGCUCGCAGCAAAGGGCCGACGGACGCGAUGUGGUUCCUGGCGAUAUCCUUCGGAUCACGAUCGGAAACAAGCUGCCAGCUGAUGUUCGCUUCCUCGAAGUCUCAUCCGAUGCCAGAUUCGACCGCAGUAUCCUCACCGGAGAGCCAGCUCCACUUCUCGGCUCGGUCGAAUCAACAGACGACAACUAUCUCGAGACCGCAAAUAUCGGCCUGGCAGGUACACAUUGCGUGUCUGGUAGCGCUUGGGGCCUCAUCCUCGAAACGGGCGACCGCACAGUGUUUGGACGAAUCGCUAAGCUCACCAGUACCCCGAAGACCGGGAUGUCACCACUGCAGAAGGAGAUCCUCUACUUUGUCCUGUUCAUUGUUUGUAUCAUGUUGACAAUGGUCGUCAUCGUCAUUGCGAUCUGGGCAGGCUGGCUGCGACAAGAACAUCCAGGCUGGAUCUCGGUUUCGGCGCUCAUCGUCUCCUGCGUGAGCGUUGCGGUGGCUUUCAUCCCCGAAGGAUUACCCAUUGCGGUCACGGCCAGCUUGACCAUCACCGCGAACAUCAUGAGGAAGAACAAGAUUCUCUGCAAGAGCUUGAAGACUGUGGAGACACUUGGCGCCGUCAAUGUCAUCUGCUCAGACAAGACCGGUACCCUGACACGCAACCAAAUGUCGGUCACAGACUUUCUGGUCGGCAAGACUGCCUUCUCAGCUGUCGAUGCAGAGCAACGUUACAGAGACAGCGAAGGCAUCAGGCAGCUAGCCAAUGCCAGUGCUGUAUGUAACGAAGCAGAGUUCGAUGCGUCGACGCUCGACAAACCCAUCAUCGAUCGCAAGGUCAACGGCGAUGCAACGGACUCUGCAAUCCUGCGCUUUGCAGAGUCGAUGCAGAACGUACGCGAACUACGGAACGAUUGGCGCUCGAUCUUCAAGGUCGCCUUUAACAGCAAGAACAAGUUCGCGGUCAAUGUCGCUACAUCGGAGACAUCCGAGAAGUUCGAGAACGCUCUGCUAAUGAUCAAGGGCGCGCCGGACAUUCUGCUCCCACGAUGCACCUCAUACAUCGAUCUGGAUGGUUCCACCAAGCCGAUGACUGAGUCCGACCAACGCACAUUGGAAGGCAUGAAGGACUUCUGGUCAUCGCAAGGAAAGCGUGUCAUUCUGCUAGCCGAGAAGCCCCUCGAAAAGCUCACCUUUGACCCUACUGAGCAACCCAGAGAAUACGAACGUGAGAUACUGGGCCGCGCUGGCCAUGAUCUCGUCCUUGCUGGACUCGUUGGCAUCGUCGACCCGCCACGUCCAGAGAUCCCUGAAGUCGUCAGCAUUCUUCGCGGCGCUGGAAUUCGCGUCUUCAUGGUCACUGGUGACUUCAAGCUUACAGCUCAGGCCAUUGCGGCAGAGUGUGGUAUCAUUACCUCCACCCCCAAGAACAUCGACGACGUCACGCAUCUAGCUUUCGAAGAGAGCUACCUGGUAAGUGCUGGUAUCAUCGAGUCUCGGUCAAAUUCGUCGGAUGGAUCUCGCCAGUACCUACACAAGAGCAUUGUGCUCAGUGGUGCCGACAUUGAGACUCUGGAUGACAGCAUGUGGGACAAACUUGCGCAAUACGAAGAGAUUGUGUUCGCUCGAACAACGCCGGAGCACAAAUUGAAGAUCGUCAGAGAGUUCCAAAGCAGAGAGCUAACCGUCGGUAUGACUGGAGAUGGAGUGAACGAUGCGCCAUCACUAAAGGAAGCCGACAUUGGCAUUGCCAUGGGAUCCGGAAGCGACAUUGCCAUCGAGGCUGCCGACAUGGUCCUCCUCGACUCUUUCGCCGCCGUCAUCGAAGCCGUCAAAUAUGGACGUGUAGUGUACGACAACUUGAAGAAGACAAUCACCUACCUUCUCCCAGCAGGCAGUUUCUCAGAGUUCUGGCCUGUAAUGACGAACGUCGCCUUCGGCCUACCGCAGAUCUUGAGCAGCUUCCUCAUGAUCAUCAUCUGUUGUUUCACGGAUUGUGCUGCAGCAACUGCGCUAGCUUACGAGAAACCCGAAGCAGACGUUCUGACCAGACCACCACGCAAUGCGAAGAAGGAUCGACUGGUGAACUGGAAGCUCAUCCUACAAGCCUAUGGUUUCAUUGGUAUCCUGGAAACCGUUAGCUCGUUCGCGAUGGGCUACUGGUACGCACAACGCAAUGCCGUCCCAUUCUCAUCGCUCUGGUUCGGGUUCGGUGCUGUGCCUAAAGGCAUGACUCAGGCGCAGUAUAAGGACAUUCUCAACACGGCCAGCUCGGUCUACUUCGUCAACCUGGUCGUCAUGCAAUGGUUCGUGCUCUUUGCCGUGCGAACGCGACGCCUGUCCGUGCUCCAGCACAGCAUGAACUGGCUCUUACUGCCGGCGAUCUGCUUCGCGCUGGUCUUCGCCAUCAUCUGGCUGUACGUGCCAGCUUUCCACGAUACGUUGCAGACUGCCGUUGUGCCUGUCGCACACUGGUUCUUGCCCAUGGCAUUCGGGAUGGCGAUUCUGCUGUUGGAUGAGGCUAGGAAGUUCUGCGUGCGACGUUGGCCUCAGGGUUUCUUGGCCAGGAUUGCUUGGUAG